AAUGUUUGUAGCGUCCCAAAUAUUAAAAAAAAAAAAACAAAAAUAAUAUAAUCACACAAUUUGAUUGACAACAAACAAGAGAACAUAAAUAAGCAUACGCUGCAAUUUUAUUAUUAUUAUUAUUAAUAUUAUGAAUUGUAAUAAAACAAAAAACAAUCAUUAUAAAAUAAAUAUAAAAAUCUACAACAAAAAGUCGAAAGUUGUUUUUUUUUAGAAUUUUGAAAAUGCUUUCAAGAAAUUCUCUACUGCUUCUCCUUAGAAACAAGAUGCAUAACACUUAAAGGUCUUUAGUUCACUAUGCUUCCUUGAUAGUGACGUUGACGCCAGCGCUGAUAUGAUCACAAGUUUUAUUCUCCUGGGAAUGAGAACUUUUAUACCGAACAGGGUUAAAAGUAUCAGACCCAAGGAAAACGCAUGGUUUGAUGUGAGCUGUAAAGAGGUCAUUAGGGCCAAAGAAGUAAGUUUCCGUUGCUAAAAGCCAACCGUACUGAGGAAAGCCGGAAAAAGUUCAAACAAGCCAGGAGGGUUAUUAUGAAAAACGAUAAUCGUUUUUAAUACGGAGUAUUUGUGAAAUUCCGAUUACGAAAAACGAUUGCAGAAGCGCGUAUUUGUAAAAUUGCGAUUACGAGAAACGAGAAUCGUAAAAAAACCAUACUCGUAUUUUUAUUUACGAGUGCCUUCAAUCACUCGUUCAGCUUUUGUUUUGGCGGGUUAGUCAAGUGUCAAACAUUAUUGUGUUUUGGUUUGUUUUUCUUUUUGGUUUGUUUUCAUUUUGAUGAGGGAGAAAAAAUGCCUACAACGAAUGCUAAACAAAUGGAUUUGAUGGUAGCUUUCAUGGAAAGUAAUCCAAAUAUUGCUAAAAAUUAUUUGCCGACGAGCCAAGCUAAAUCGAAAGCCAAAAAUCUUUGGAAUAACUUAGCUGCUAAAUUAAACGCGUGUGGCCCUCCAGAAAAAACAACAGAGGGUUGGAAAAACGUGUGGAAAGAUUAUAGAUAUAAUCUGAAGAGAAAAAUGCGAGACAAUUUGGUCCAUCUCAGCGGUACAGGGGGCGGGCCUAACAAGCAGAAAAAAUUGUCUGAUAACGAAAAAACUAUUAUUUCGAUCCUUGACCUAAAUGAGUCCGUUUCAGGAAACCAACUAGGAAAGCAAUUUGGUGAUCCGAAUGGAAAUAGCCCAAACAUUGAAGUGACGGCCGGUAGCAGCACCACUGUUAAUAUAUUGAUGGAAGAUGCUGAUGAUCAGGAUUACCUCAUAACUUUAAUCGAAGACCCUCAACCACAACUUGAAAACAUUGAGAAUGAGGAACCACAACCAAACAAUUCAGAAGGUAACCCGCCGUCUAGAAAUAAAAAAGCAACAAAACGGAACAGGAACAAUUUGUUGGAACAGCACGUUGACUUGCAAGAUAAAGCUGUCAAUAUGCUAAACGAAAAGCUUGAAACGCAAAAGGGCAUUUUAAAAGAGCUGACUACAUUAAAUGCAUGGAAUAAAGAAGCAGACAGGAGAAGAAGGAAACUGUAUGAUCUUAAAAAAGAAAAACUGGAAGAGUUCAAAUUAAACAACAUAAAGAAACAUAACGCUCGAUUAGAACUUAUUUCAAUUAAGUCUCGCAAAUUGAAACUAAGGCAAGAUAAAAUGGAAAUGAAUACGAAAUACUACAACCCCAUUUCAAAAAAUGAUGAACACUCAAGUAGUAGUGAAUAACUUAACUUGCAUGUAAGGU